AUGGGAGUUGACCUCACCGGCGUCCAGAAGAAGAAGCGCGUGGUGCGCCACCACACGUACUCGACGAACCCGUACAUCAAGCUUCUCAUCAAGCUGUACAAGUUCCUCGCCCAGCGCACCAACUCCGCGUUCAACAAGCUCGUUCACCAGCGCCUGCUGAAGAGCCGCAACAACCGCGCCCCCGUCUCCCUGAGCCGCAUUGCCGUCUGCAUGAGGCGCAAGUCGGUGUGGCUGGAGAAGGGCAAGAAGGCCCCCAUCGCCGUCGUCGUCGGUGACGUGCUUGACGACGUUCGCAUGAUCCGCAUCCCGGCUCUGCGUGUGUGCGCGCUUCGCUUCUCGAAGAGCGCCCGCGAACGCAUCACCGGCGCUGGUGGUGAGUGCCUGACGUUUGACCAGCUCGCAAUGGUGGCGCCGACCGGAAAGAACACCUUC